AUUCUGGGGUUUUUGGUGCGCGAAGAUUUUGGCACCACUAGGCCAAAUGACAUAACCCGAUUACCAUAAUACGGCAUUAGGUGGGUACCGUAACAACAGUAUUUUCGCCAGUUUGCGCGCUACAUUUACUUCAGUUCGCGCUCGAAUCGGCUGGAAACACUUCGGUCCCGUUAAGAGAAGCACGCACACGGAUUUUACAUUGCGACAAGGUUCAGGAGUUGGCCGACUGAUGGACGAGGGUUGGUCCAAGGACUUAAGCCAAUCACAGCUGGAAGAGGAGCUAAGAGAGGCCAUGUCGGCGUCCCGGGCCUGGAUGGAAAUCACCCCGGAAAACAACGCGCAACGACCAGAAGACACGGUAGAAGUGGGCGAAACUGUGCUUCUAACCGUCAAGUCAACAUUGCCAUCCGGGAUUGGUUGGCGGAUCGUUGACUGCACGGCGCAUGACGGCCUGGGCGACUCUUCCCAAAAAUUGCUGGACGAUCGGGGCUGUCCGGUGGACGAAGCCCUCCUCCCGGUCCCCAAAUUUGGCCCACUCCGGCCAAUCGCGUCCAUGCGCCAUCAGGAGGCCGUGGCCCGAUUCGCCGCCUUCAAAUUCCCCGAUAGAGACCGGUUGCACCUCCGGUGCCGCCUACAGAUCUGCAGAGGAGCCUGCGCAAAGGUGGACUGCGAUAGUAGCAACGAGACAGAGCGAGACAACCGCAUUGGACGGGCGAAUUCAGGAAAAAGUGGCGAGGUGCUGGACCGUUUGGAGGUUUACAACAGCGUCGAGGUUAUCGCUCCGGACAUCGACGACGUGAGGAGUUUUCGCCAGAAACCGGACCCGUCAGCCGCAGAAUUCGACGCGUACCCGUUCCCGAAAAUUCCGGGCGAUCGCACCUUCUGCAUGUCCAUUGAUAAGAUGGCGAUCGCCUUUUGCAUACUGGGCGUGGUUUUCCUGCUGGCCGUCCUGGUGGCCGUUUGCUCUCUACUGAACAGCCGCAGAAGCAACAGCGGGCUCCAGUAUUACACGCGGAGUUUGUUUUCCAACAGCAGCAGCGCCGGCUCGGCCUUCGGCAGCAAACUCUUAUCGCAAGACAGUCCGAUGUUCGGCCAGUCCAGCACGCCGACAUCCAACCGGAUGCAGUACGGGCGCAUUCUUUGAGUACCUGUGGAAAUUGAGACUGAAAAAGGCCUUCUUGGUUGGGCACAUCAACUGGCAAGGACGUGCCAAACUAAUAAGGAAACCGGUGUUGGGCAUAGUUUAAUAAAUAGGUUCCAAUGUU